GGAUUACACAGCCUGUUUGCUGUAGUGCUCCUAGUUAGCCUAUAGCACCGCUACAAACUGCGGCUGCCGAUCACACCGGACUACUGUGACCAUUUCACAUUUCGAUACACCGCUAUAAUAUUAUUAUCCCUUUAUUAGCCUCGGUUGCAGCUUCGUUUUAUAUCGAGAAUAAGGGUGAAAAAUGCCCAUAGCAGAGACGUCUGCGCUUCUUCUCGUCUCCUGUCGCGGGGAGUAAACCGGGAUUUGGGAAGAGAGAAUACAUAACUCUCUUCGCCUCACCACCGCUGGCUAAUUUCUCUUGGUCACGGAGUGGCGAUUCAUUAGUAAAUAGGGACAGCUCCUGUUUCUGCGUGUGUGUUUCAUAUUUUUUUGUCCAUUAGCAUACUUGAUAUCAGACUAGAACAUUAUCUUGGAGGGGGAAAAAAAAAAAAAAAAAACAGCUUUUUUUUUGUCUGCCUUGGAAAUUUUUCGUGGAGGACCAUUUUUAUUUGUUUCAGAAUUAUUUAAUUAAUUUUAUUCCGUGGAUGUGUUAAUAUGGAGAAUGUGGAGAAAGAGUGCGGAGCUCUGGGUGGGCUUUUUCAGGCUAUCGUCAAUGAUAUGAAGAGCUCCUACCCCAUCUGGGAAGACUUCAAUGCCAAGGCCACCAAACUGCAUUCUCAGCUGAGGACCACAGUGCUGGCUGCUGUGGCUUUCCUGGAUGCCUUUCAGAAAGUGGCAGACAUGGCGACCAACACCAGAGGCGCCACCAGAGAUAUCGGCUCAGCUCUGACCCGGAUGUGCAUGAGGCAUCGCAGUAUCGAGUCAAAACUGCGGCACUUCACCAAUUCCCUGAUGGAGAGUCUCAUCACACCACUGCAGGACCGCAUUGAGGACUGGAAGAAGACCGCCACUCAGCUUGACAAGGACCAUGCGAAAGAGUAUAAACGUGCCCGUCACGAGAUCAAGAAGAAAUCCUCGGACACACUGAAGCUGCAGAAGAAGGCCAGGAAAGAACUCCUAGGUAAGGGUGACUUGCAGCCUCAGCUGGACAGCGCCCUGCAGGAUGUCAAUGACAUGUACCUGCUGCUGGAGGAGACAGAGAAGCAGGCGGUCAGGAGGGUUCUGGUGGAGGAGCGCGGGAGGUUCUGCACCUUUAUCGGCUUCCUGCAGCCCAUCGUGAAUGGAGAGAUCGCCAUGCUGGGAGAGAUCACUCACCUCCAGGCCAUAAUUGAUGACCUCACUGUCUUGACCGCUGACCCUCACAAACUGCCCCCGGCCAGCGAGCAGGUGAUCAUGGACCUGAAGGGCUCGGACUACAGCUGGUCCUAUCAGACCCCUCCCUCCUCACCCACCAGCUCCGGCUCCAGGAAAUCCAGCAUGUGCAGCAGUGUAAACAGCACCCACAGUAGUGCAUCUCGCUCCUCCGGCGGCUCUCAGACUCACUCACCAAGUUCAUCCUAUCGAUACCGCAGCCUGGCCCACCCCCCGCCCGGCGGGACCCAGCGGCUCAGCAGCGUCUCCUCUCACGACUCGGGCUUCAUCUCGCAGGACGCCGCCCUCUAUUCCAAGCCGCCCUCGCCCAUGCCCUCUGACAUCACCAGCCAGAAGUCAUCGAGCUCUGCCUCCUCUGAAGCCUCGGAGACCUGUCAGUCAGUGAGCGAAUGCAGCUCUCCCACCUCGGUUAGUUCAACCUCUACCGCCGGGGCCGGGUCAGGGGGAGAAAAGGAUUGGUCCAAGCCGGGCCCCUAUGACCAGCCAAUGGUCAGCACGUUACAGCGGAGGAAGGAGCCAGCCGAGCGACACAGAGAGUCUGAGCUGGCCCCACCCCCCCAGGUGUACCCUGGGAUACACCCAGAGGAUGCCCAGAGGCUCAGGAUGACCCCGGCCACCAUCGCUGCCAAGCAUGGUGAGGAGGUGUCCCCAGCUGCCAGUGAUCUGGCCAUGGUCUUGACUCGCGGGCUCAGCAUGGAGCACCAGAAGAGCAGCCGCGACUCCCUGCAGUACUCCAGUGGCUACAGCACCCAGACCACCACCCCCUCCUGCUCCGAGGACACCAUCCCCUCGCAAGUUUCGGAUUACGACUGCUACUCAGUGAACGGGGACGUGGAGGGGGAGGUGCAGAGCGAGUUUGACAAGUCCUCCACCAUCCCCCGCAACAGCAACAUUGCGCAGAACUACCGCCGCAUGAUCCAGACCAAGAGGCCAGCCAGCACUGCAGGCCUGCCCAGCGGAGCCGCGGGCCAGGGGGGGCACCCGGGAGGGGGAGGGGGUGGAUUGACCCCAGGGGUGGCCACCAUCCGCCGCACCCCUUCAACCAAACCCUCUGUGAGGCGCACCCUGUCCAACGCCGGACCCAUACCCAUCCGCCCGCCCAUAGUGCCGGUCAAGACCCCCAUGGUGCCUGAUUCCCCGGGCUACACAGGCCCUCCGGUGAGGGUCGGCAGCGAGGAAUGUGUCUUCUACUCCGAGGACACGUCACCCAACGCUAUGGAUUUUGUCAAGGCCUCUCCCAAGCGCCUCAGCCUCCCCAACACAGCCUGGGGUUCCGGUGCGGGACUGGAGAUGAGUGUCUACACCCAGCCUCCCCCUCCCAUAGUCCUGACUUCUGAAGAGGACCAGCUGCUCGCUGCUAACCGCCACAGUCUGGUGGAGAAGAUUGGAGAACUGGUGGCCAGCGCCCAUGCCCUGGGGGAGGGCCAGUUCCCCUUCCCCUCCCUCCCCGGAGAUGACCUCAUGGCCCCGCCCCCAGGCCCUGGCGUGGCAGAGGAGCCGGCCUCCGGCGGAGACAUGCUGGUGGCGAUUCGGAGAGGCGUGCGGCUGCGCAAGACGCUCACCAAUGACAGGUCAGCACCCAGGAUUUUGUGAUGACCACGGCCCGCAGACACAAUUCACACUUCACGGACUUCUUAGAGAAAUUUAAAUAAGUCAAAUAAAAAAAUGAAUACAUAAAAUAAAAUAAAAAAUAAAAAAAAUGAAGAAAUAGUUAAAUAAAGAAAUAAAUACCUGGGCCGCUACCUUAGCGUGUACGGACGCAUGUUUUACAGUUUCUAAUUUAUGCCACCAGUGUAUCGAGGCACUGAGUUACUGAGGGGGGAGCCUGUUUCUACUUACAGCCCUCAACCACCCAACCAACCCAAGCUCAGAAUGCCUGGAGGGAUGCAGGCAGAGGGACUGAUCACUGAGAUCAUUGCCUGCCAUUUCUCGACGCUCCUCUCCACUCUUAUGGACUUCACACUGUAGGCUUGUUACUAUGGUAACACUCUCCUUGUCUCUCUGUCUUUCUGUCUGUCUGUGUAGCUGGCUGGCUCAAGGGUGUGGAAUACAGUCUGUGCUGUGGGUUUUUUUUUUCUUAAAUAUUUUAAAAAAACAACAUUACAACAUUUAAACAUGUCCAUCCGUAACAAUCAACAAAUUAUUGUAACAAUAACAGAAACAUUUCUGUGCAAAAUGCUGUUUUUUUCAUAUGUAUUUAAACACACCAAGUAUUUGUUUAUUGAAAAUUACAGGAAUGACUGUAGUAUGAGUAAGGGAACAGCACUUCAUUUGUAACAGGAUGUAAUUCAUAUGUCUACCACCAGGUUUCAGUGUAGAGUAAGCAAUAAAAUCACCCACACAGGAAUAAUGAUAGAGAGGGGGAUUAAUUCCAUGGUACACCAAAAUUUGUCACUAUACUUUAAAAAUGAGUGUGUCAUCUUGCAGGGCCUUCCCUCGCUAGAUAUUGUGGUAGAUAAAUGAAUGCAUACAUGCAAACAUGUAGACAGCGAUUUGCAAGAAUGAAACGGGACAUUGUGUUGGAAAGAGUGAGAGAGAGCAGGACGUGAAGGAAAGGGUCUCGAUAAAGAGAUGCAGGAAGUCUGGUAGAGAACGAGUUGUUUGAAUGGUCGGUAAGCUGGGUUGCUGCUGUGGUUUUAAACAUAGCCUGGGAAUCUGUAAAGUGCAAUAGAAUAAUAAAAUGGAAUAGCAAUUACAGUUCAGUAUAUCUUUUGUAUAUAACUCCAUGGCUCUCUAUCCGUCAAACAAAUUGAUGGUCCAUAUUGUGUUAUUAUUUAGAGUAGCAAUAGUGCUUACUUUGACUUUUGAUUGGGGUUUCAGGGAUAAAGAAGACCAAAAUAUGUUUUCGUUAAGGUGUUGUCUACCCUCAUUGUGUGUGUGUGUGUGUGUGUGUGUGUG